AUGGAGGACUUCAAGAAUGAAUCGUGCAGCCACCAGGGCGCCAUGCCCGAAGCCGACGAACGCGCUAGGUCCAUGGGCCAUGAUCAGGAACGGAAGACGGCCGAGGCGCAAGAUGUCAACCACCCGCAGAAUUGGUCCGUGGGGGCCAAGAUGUCCACGUAUCUGACAAUCUGUGGCUUCACCUUUUUCGCCAACGUCAACUCCAGCAACUUUACUGUCGCGACGCAGGAGAUCAUCAAAGAAUUCCAUGUCAGUCAGACCCAGGCCGGGCAGCUGGUGUGUUUCAAUGUCUUCCUCUUCGGCGUGGGCAACAUCUUCUGGGUCCCGCUCAUGCGGGUGAUUGGGAAGCGCCCGGUGUACUUAGUGGCCAUGUUGGCGCUCUCCAUGAUGAACGUGUGGUCCAGCCAGGCCGUCAGUUAUAACGAAUUGCUUGCCUCGCGCAUCCUCUCCGGAUUUCCCGCCGCGGCGGCAGAUGCGACGGUCCCCGCCGUCGUUGCGGAUAUGGUCGGCCCCCAGGAUCGUGGCCACUACAUGAUGUUCUUUCACCUCGCGCUGACCGCGGGCCUGUUCUUGGGGCCGUUGAUCAACGCAUACCUAGUCCAAGAGCAGGACUGGCGCUGGAUGUGUUACUUUCUCGCUAUCGCGGUUGGGGUGAUGUUCGUGGUGUCUGUCUUCACGAUCCGAGAGACCUCAUACGUCAGGCGUCCUCCAGCGGGUUCAUCGUCCACAAUCAAGCGGUCGCAUUGGCAAUGGAUGUCCCUCACGAUCGGGUACGACCGUGAGGCCUCUUUCAUUCGAGCCUUGAUGGAUAUUCUGGCCAAUGCCGGCUACCCGCCAUUGAUAUGGUGCGCUUUCACUAUUGGAAUCUCCGUCGGAUGGAAUAUCGUUGUGCAACUGACAGCAGCCCGUACAUUUUUAAAACCACCCUAUAACUGGCAAUUGGGUAGCCUCGGGCUGCUGUCACUAGCUGGAUUCAUCGGCGCGGUCCUUGCUUUUUAUCUCGGUGGCCGGCUCAUUGAUAUUAUUUCGACCCGUAGCACUGCGCGACAUGAUGGCGUCCGUAUGCCCGAAUAUCGACUGCCAGCCAUCGUGAUCCCCGGCACCAUUGGCCCGGCGGGGAUUUUAAUCUUCGGGCUCUGCGUUGCGUACCAGACGCACUGGAUCGGCCCAGCGUUCGGCAACGCCAUGCAAGCAUUUGGAGUGGCUGCCAUCUCGAAUGUCGCCGUAACCUAUUCGCUGGACUCCUACAAACCGGUAACCGGCGAGGCGUUGGUGAUCAUCUUUGUGAUUCGAAACACGAUUGGAAUGCUUUUAUCCCUUUACGCGGCGGACUGGAUCGAGCGCCAUGGCCCGGCACGCGUUUUCGGCGAAAUGACGGCCAUCCAGCUGGUCAGUAUUCUAUGCGCCAUCCCACUAUUCUUGUGGGGACGACCUUUAAGAGCCUUCACGUCUAGUUACGGACCAAUGAAGCGUUUUCAGGAAGCGUGA